ACCACCAGCACUCACGAGAUGAACCCCUCCUGUCUACUGCUUCUUCUAGCUGUGGAGACCGCCUCGGCCCAGUUGUUGGUCAGUCCUCCCUCUCGUGAAUGUCGAGAACUGGGAGUCAUGGCUGGGGAAGUCAAGGAACGUAAACCUCUUCCCAAGUAUGACGCUGGAGAGAUGAUGAAGGUGAUGGCUCAGGUGCCCAAGGUGGAAGAGGGAGUGUUUGAGUUCUACAUCUGCCCUGAAACCGACCCACAGGACGAGGACUGCCUAUUCAAGUGGCCACUGGAGUUGGCUGGUGGUGGUCGUCGUCACUUUCAGAUGAAUUCAGUGACACAAGGCGGACUGUACGAGAUACAUGUGAUGCUUCCCGAGGGUCUCACCUGUGACACCUGCAUCCUCUUGUGGACGAUGAUCACCAAGCAGUGUGAGGGUGACAACCUUUCCUCAUGUUCCACCCAAAGCUCCACCCUCUGUGCCGACAUAUCCAUCAUCGAGAAGAAACCAAGGCUGAAGAGAGGUUGGAACUUCUUGAAGAGCACAUUGGGCAGAGUAUUGAAAGGGGCAGCUCGUGCCUCAAAAUGCUAAAACAAUCCCCGUAAUGCCGAGCUUCGCCUUUACUAGUUGGCCGUCUUACUUAUGAGACACUUGUGGACAUAUGAUGAGCAGGAAAUGUAGAUUGUGUUGGAUGUGUAGUUCUAGAUUCAGAUAAAAUAAAACUGUGGUUCCAUAAAGAGGAUAUACUCGUACUAUUAUAUAUUAGGCAUAUGCAAAAAAGUAUCUGCAAGACAAUAUGGCACAACGGACGAAGAAGUUGUAGUGCUCAUUUUAACAUCCAUUGGACCUCACCUAGCAGAUACUUUCUGUAUUGAGCGUACUUGAUUAUUGUUAUCAAUGCAUAAAAACUUAAAAAGUG